AUGCCAGCACCGGCGAUAUUCAAACCAACCCUAAUAAUCCACGGCGGCGCCGGCAACAUCCAACGCCCAAAACUGCCCCCAGACCUCUACGCCAAAUACCACACCUCCCUCCAAUCCUACCUCCGCUCAACCCACGCCCUCCUCAAAAAUGGCACAACAGCCCUAGACGCAGCAGUCCACGCCGUCUCCCUCCUGGAAGAUGACCCCCUGUUCAACUGCGGCCGCGGAAGCGUCUUCACAACAGCCGGAUCAAUCGAAAUGGAAGCCUCCAUAAUGGUGACAUCCGUGCAAGCCCAGAACGAACCCGACCCCGGCUCCAUAAAGCGUGGCGCCGGCGUCAUGGGUAUCAGGAACGUACGACAUCCCAUCCAACUCGCGCGCGAAUCACUCCUUCGAACGGGUGUUGCGGCAGAUGGAUCGGGGAAUGGUGAUGGGGGCAGUAUGCAUUCCCAGCUUGCGGGACCGUAUGUUGAGACCCUGGCGCGGGACUGGGGACUGGAGUUUAUGCCUGAUGAGUGGUUUUGGACGCAGAAGCGGUGGGAUGAGCAUGAGCGUGGCUUGAGGGGGGAGGAGGAGCCGCUGUUUCUUAGUCAAGGGACUGUUGGGUGUGUUUGUUUGGAUAUGUGGGGUGGGUUGGCUGUUGCGACUAGCACUGGGGGGUUGACGAAUAAGUUGCCGGGGAGGAUUGGGGAUACGCCGACUCUUGGGGCUGGGUUUUGGGCGGAGGCUUGGGAUGAAUUGCUGGGUGGUGCUGAUGGGUUAGAUGCUUCGUUCUCGGUUCGGAGCUUGUUGCAUGGUGCGCGUAGUUGGAUGGCGGAUUGUUGGCCGCAGCUGGUGCGCGAGUUGGAUCCUCCGGCUUAUUCGUCCCUUUUGUUGGUUGAUCAUGAUGCUUCCUGUGGCUCUGGUGCGAUUCGGCGUGCCAUUGCUGUUUCUGGAACAGGCAAUGGGGACUCUUUCUUACGUGUUGCGGCUGCGCGUACGGCGGCUGCUAUGAUGCGGUUUUCUGGGCCGGGCAAGUAUCCUUCUACUCUUGCCGAUGCGGUGUCGGCUGUUGCUGGGCCUGGUGGUGAGCUGGAACGUUCGGCUGGUAAGAGAUGGCACGAAACUGGCGAGGGAGAGGGUGGCAUCAUUGGUAUUGAGGCGGCACUGGCUGUUAAUGGGGCUUCAGAUGUGAAGUUGCACCGCGGCAAGGUUGUGUCUGACUUCAAUUGUGGUGGAAUGUGGCGCGCUUGGGUAGAAGAGGAUGGUUCUGGGAAAGAUAUAGAGAGAAUCAUGGUCUUCCGAGAGGAAUAUCAAUAA